AUUUCUCCGAAGUACUUACUGGCGAUGUCUCACGUGCGACUGCGCAAACGAGAAUCAAGCGCCCAACCUGUUCGUUAGUACGGCGUAUUGUUAUCCCACAGCGAAUCAACUUUUCUACUUGAUCCCAGUUGAUGGCAGUGGAAUCUACGUAGGCAUGGAUCCCACAUCUGGCAAAACCGAUCCACAAGUCCGGGCAUCGACUACAUACAGAAUCGUAAAUGCGGCAGAUCAGCGCUGCAUGGAUAUUUAUUACGGUGCAGGAGAUUCUGAUGGGGCCGUUGUUAACUGGGUGGUGACGAACGACUGCAGUAGCGCGGACACUCAAAAAUGGAUUUUCACCGAUAUUGCUAGCACCUCUUAUAACUAUUAUACCAUUCAAAAUUACGCGGUCUCUACAGACGGCUACAUCACAACUCGGGGUAUGAGCACAAGUGAAGGUGUCCUCGUUCACUUGUGGGGAUUGGGCAGUGGUGCAGAUUGGACGCAGGAAUGGGCCGCUGCUUAA